ACACAAUGAGUUGGCAGUGUAUUAAUUCUCUUCUCUACGUGUAAUUGUCGCUGCAUACUUGGAUACAAACUUGUUGCUUCUGUACCCCCCUUUUCGGGUGUCCCUCUUUGCGAUUUUCCCUUUUUUAUCCUGAUGGCCAGGAUUGCGCCAUCCAGGUCCUUCAGCCUCGCCUCCCCUGGAUUCGUAUUCAAUGAUUGACUCAGCGCCAACAACUCCAUGAGCUAUCACUCUCGACCCAUCACUUCCUCAUGAGCUCGCAUCGAAGCUACUCGGCUUCCUUGUCUACCUCUUGCAUUUGGUUCAGAACGUGAAGGUUGCUCAAUUGCGAAGAUGUGUCGGUUUCUUGUAAGAGCCGGGGUUGACCGCUCCACGUAAGCUCUAACAGCUCGCAGGUUUACAAAGGCUCGGACGAGAUCUUGCUUUCAAGGUUGAUUCUGGAUCCUGCCCAUUCCAUCCUCAUUCAAUCCUUCGACUCAAGGCUUCGUUUGGACAUGAGACGGCCGCACAAUGGCGAUGGCUUUGGAAUUGGAUACUAUACCGAACCCAAACUGGGCCCCGAUCCUUGCAUCUUCACCUCCACAAUACCUGCUUGGAACUGCGUCAAUCUGCAACGAAUCGCCUCGAAGACUGCAUCACAUCUUAUCUUUGCCCACGUCCGCGCGACGACUGAAGGCUCUCUGAGCGAUGAUAACUGCCAUCCUUUCUGCCAUGGAAGCUUGAUGUGGAUGCAUAAUGGUGGCUUGGGAGGCUGGAAAUAUAUCAAGCGGCGUUUGGGGGAGUCACUAGGAGACAAGUGGUACCUUUCGGUGCAGGGAGGAACGGACAGCGAAUGGGCUUUUGCUCUGUUCCUCGACACACUUGAGCGAAUGGGCCACGAUCCAAGCUCUCCCCCUCCAACCGGUUUUGGUCCCACCGUUUUACGUCAAGCCAUGCUAGAGACAAUCAAACGAACCAACGAUUUCAUCGCAGCAAUCCCUUCGAAAGUGAUUGAGCAGGAGCAAGUAGAUACCAGAAGUUUGCUGAAUUUUGCGGUCACCGAUGGGCAUAGUGUCGUUUGCACACGGUAUGUUCGUAGCAAAACGGAUGAGGCAGCAAGCUUGUACUACUCAUCGGGCACAAGCUGGGAGGACAAGAGUCAGAAGGGCGAGUUUCAGAUGGAUCGGAAAGAUAAAGGUGCAGAUAUCGUCUUGGUUGCGAGCGAGCCUUUGACAUUCGAGCGAGAAACGUGGGUUACCGUCCCCACUAAUUCCAUCCUCACAAUUCACAAACAAACGGUCAUGGUUCACCCAAUAAUCGACGAAUACUACAACUACAAUCCUUAUCACAAGCGGUCAUCCAAGCUCGUCCAAGACAAAGGCCUUGUCACGAAUGAAAAGGGUGCCGCCCCAACCACUCCCGGCGUCACGAACGGCAAACCCCCGAAAUCCAAGGUCUCGUCAAGUCUCCACGAGAGCUUAGCAAGUAGCCUUGUCCCUGCCAUGCGAUCCGCACCUUCCGCAUCACCAAUGCUAUCACCUACUCAAGAGAAUACACCACUCAAUGAACUCCGAAACGUCGGCUCAAACCUGACAGCCAGCGCUCGAGAUCCUACAAGACCACAAGAAUUAAGAAAUACCAAGAAGAAGCGAAAAUCACUUUCCAGCCAUACCCCUCCCCAAAUAAUGCAAGAAGAUCCAGAACCGGAUUCGCCACCUCUACGGGCAUCGUAUGGUGAUCCAUUGAAGAUCGCGCAGUACUUUCCUGAACUAAAUUAGAUGUCUCGAUGGGGAUUUAUGGUGUGGCAGGAGAAAGGUGCCGUGAAGUAUUAUGGGAGAAGUGUUAUAUUCUUGUUGCAGGUUGUUCAGUGAGCGAUUUUUGGGGCAGCGGUUCUUCUAUUCAUUCCAUGAUUUGGGCCAGGCCAACAGCACUGUUCAUAUUAGGAUUGCCUAAAAUGUAGGAUUACUUUGAACCAUUAAAGACCUUGAAUCCUAGCCGGGGCUUCUAGUCGAGGCUUGAAACGCUGUGCUCUCAUUCAGGAUCGGAAAUGAUCCGAAAUUGGAUUUUGAAAUACG